AUGAAGAGAUUCUCUUUAUUUUUCUGUGUGUUCCUAUUCUUGUUCUCUUGUCCCGUAGAAUGUAAGACAACUCCUCUAAAACAACAAAAUGGAGUUUACAUCGUUUACAUGGGCGCAGCGGCUCCAUCCAAUAAUGGCGUCAUGCGAAAGGAUCAAGCUCAGCUUAUCACCUCAUUGAUUAAAAAGAAAAAGAACGCAUUGGUAUACAGCUACACAAAUGGCUUCUCUGGAUUUUCAGCCAGGUUGACAAAGGAAGAAGCUCGAUCAAUUGCUCAGGAGCCGGGAGUGGUGUCUGUUUUUCCUGAUCCAAUUCUGCAGCUCCAAACAACCCGGUCGUGGGAUUUCCUCGACUCCUUUUCUGAUAAGAAAAUAUCCGCCGCUUCCAUACGCCCUAAAUCAGCUCAUGCUCAGCCAUCUUCUUCCGGUGAAGCGGAUGUCAUAAUAGGCGUCUUGGAUUCAGGAAUCUGGCCUGAAUCUGCUAGCUUCAAUGACAAAGGCAUGGGACCCAUCCCAUCCCGGUGGAAGGGAAAGUGCCAGGAAGGCAAAAAUUUUAACUCUUCCAACUGCAACAGGAAACUAAUCGGGGCCCGAUAUUACGAACUCAAUUCGGCCCGGGACAAUUUCGGGCAUGGAACCCACGUGUCGUCCACGGCAGCAGGGUCCCUCGUUGAAGACGCGUCAUACUACGGUCUUGCUAAAGGGACUGCAAAGGGUGGGUCCCCCAGUUCGAGAAUUGCCAUGUACAAAGUUUGCCUUGCCUUCUCAUGCUCAGGAUCUACGAUCUUGAAAGGCUUCGACGAUGCUAUUAAGGAUGGUGUGGACGUGUUGUCGAUUUCUCUGGGCUAUCCCGCUGGACUCAAACCGGAUUUCAGCACCGACGUUGUUGCUCUCGCCGCGUUUCAUGCGGUGGAGAGAGGCAUCGCUGUUGUCUGCGCCGCCGGUAACGAAGGCCCCAAACGCAGUACUGUCCUCAACGAAGCUCCGUGGAUUUUCACCGUCGCCGCCUCCACCAUAGACCGCGAUUUCCAGUCGCAAGUCAUCUUGGGCGACAAAACAGUCAUCAAGGGCGGAGGAAUUAAUUUCGGUAACCUCACCACAACGUCGGUGCAUCCAUUGGCGACAGGGGCAUCGGUUAAACCGGACAAUGUUACUGGAAGCGACGACGCUAGGGACUGUGUACCCAACUCAUUAGAUCCUGCCAAGGCGAAGGGAAAGAUUAUUUUGUGUGAAUCCCACAACAUAACUCAUGAGUCUAGCAUUAGAACACUAGAGGUGAAAAGAGUCGGCGGAAUUGGAAUAAUAAUAAUAGUCACCAAGGACCAAAGGUACAUAGCGCCAAAAUUUUUUACUUUUCCAGGUUCAAUAAUCAUAGAAAAGGAAGGCAGCCAAGUUUUCAAUUACAUCAACUCAACCAGGAAUCCGGUGGCCACAAUCCUCCCAACUGUGACAAUAACAGGAAUUAAACCAGCUCCUGUAGUAACCUCAUUUUCUUCAAGAGGACCUUCGCUUACAAGCGUAAAUCUUCUCAAGCCAGACAUUACUGCACCUGGGGUUAACAUUCUAGCAGCAUCCCGUACUGUGCAUGACCUGGCUAUUCCCGGAAAGAAUCCUCCCCAUUACAUCACAAACUCAGGGACUUCCAUGGCCACUCCCCAUACAUCUGGGAUUGUUGCUGCAGUCAAGGCACACAAUCCAAAUUUCAGUGCUUCAGCAAUCAGAUCGGCCGUUAUGACCACAGCAAUACAGACAAAUAAUAGGAAUGCACCCAUAACUACAUCAUCUGGACAACCUGCCACACCGUACGACAUUGGCGCAGGAGAAGUAAACCCCACAGCGUCCAUAGAGCCCGGGCUGGUUUACGAGACUGAGAUUGCAGAUUACGUGUUGUUCCUCUGCGCUACAGGCUACAACACAUCCCAAAUCAAGCUCAUCUCCAAGACCAUUCCCAAGGACUUCCAGUGCCCCGAUAAGGUGACAGAAGACGCCGUCUCUAGCAUGAACUACCCAUCAAUCGCCAUCUCCAAGCUCAAGGACGGUGAGCCUAAGACAAUUACCAGAACUGCCACCAAUGUUGGUCCUGAAGAAUCUGUGUACGCUGCAACUAUAGAAGCAAUGACAGGCAUUGAGACCACAGUAACACCAAACAAGUUGGUAUUUACAAAAGAGAAGAAGAAGCUAACUUAUAAGGUGACUUUCACAGCUUCGUCAUCUCCCAAGAAUGACAUCUUUGGUUCAAUUACAUGGAGUAGCGGGAUGUAUAGAGUUCGAAGUCCAAUCGUUGUAAGCGUUGAGUAACUAUAAUAUUAGUGACUUAGAUUUAGAGAUUAAUAAUGAUAUAGUUUUAUAUCGGGAUUCUACUCCCCUGAGCUGAAUGUGUGUUCCACAUUAA